AUCAGACAUUCAAUUACAUCUGAAAUAAUAAGAGUUACAAGAAUGAAGUUCUUAAACAUUUUAAUCUUAUUUGGAGUAGCAGGAAGUGCAUAUAGUGGAGGUUUAUCAACAUGUGGUCAAAUCCACACUGAUUUCGUUGCUUUACUACAAGUCGCUGAAAGCAUGGUUGAAGACUAUUUGAAUUAUGCAUCAGGAAUUGUCCAUCAAUAUCCAACAAUGGGAUCCAGUUUCAUUUCAUACUUCUACUGCACCCUCAAUGUGACUCUCGACCUUAUGUCUGAUGAAAUAAGUCAAUCAACAGGAGCUAGUGUCGAUUACAUUCACGGAAUUCUUAAUGGAACUAUCCAUGCUCCAUUUACAGCUCCACUUGACUGUAUCACAACCGAACUGACUUCGUUUGACAUGUUUGUGUCUAAUAUUACUGGCAAUGCAAUUCCUGGCUUAAUAUCUCAAGUUGCUCAAUCACCAAUAACUGCCAGCACAAAUUGUACUGAAACUCGAAAUUAUGUUCAAAUAUACUAUUUGGCUAUACAGAACCUAGCAAAUGAAGCCGUCGAUAUUUCAGUUGCACAAGCAGCAUUAUUCAACACUAUUGGCCAACUUCCUUUGUACAUUAAUUACUAUAAUGCACUUGCUAAAUGUCAAGCAGACUCAUAUGCCAAUGGAAUAGCUGAACUUUUGCACAUGGAUGUCUCCAUUAUUAAUGCAUACAUAGCAGAUCAAUCAAUAACAGUACCACCUCCAUUAAGUUGUGUUGCUGGCGCAGUCACUUCUCUUCAAAACCUUGCAAAUGCAGCAGUCAAUCAAUUCAACUCGAAUGUUGUCAUAUCCAGUCCACCACCAUCAUGUGAACCGUUCUUUACACAAUUCAGAGUUUUCGCUAACAUUUGGUACAACUAUGUCAACGAACUGGUUAACUUUGCAACUAACAACUCAAUUCAUUAUCCAAUCCUGACACCAGUCUUUGUUCUUGACUUUAUCUGCGAGUUAGACACAUUAGUGCUUCUCGUUGCUAACGCAACAAGUCAGUUCUCAGGUGUCGAUUCCGAAGUUGUGUUUGAGAUCAUCAAUGGAACAUCACUUCCACCAUUCCCAGCUCCACUUGAUUGCAUUGCCAACGAUCUCCUUGCUAUCCGUACACAGCUUCAAACCAUGACUGAACAUGUCAUUCCAGGAUUGAGAGACUUUGUAGUAGCAUCAACAAGUGACACAUCCAACUGCAAUGCCACUUAUCAAGCUCUCACACCUUAUGUUCGCAUUUUAGUCGAUUUAGUCAAUGUUAGAGGAACUUUGGUCGGAAGCACAAUGACUGAAUUUGCAGCUAUUAACGUUGAUAAUUUGUUUGCUGACUCAUUUGCAUCAAUCCUAACAUGCUUGCCCGAGCUCCUUGGAAAUUAUGUGGCUGCAGCUCUUAAUGCAAAUCCAAAUAGCAUUAUUCCGUAUCUGAAAGGAAAUACAAUUGCAGUUCCAUAUCCAUUCAGUUGCGUUAAGAUAAUAAUCAAUAUUUUAAGUAGCAUGAUGAAUCAAGCAUUGGUUGAUUUAAGCAUUGGACAAGGUUCAUUUUUGACUGUUCCAAAUGUUCCUAAUUUCAGAGGUUAA